AGACUCCGGUGCUCACCAUGGCCGAUGAAAAGCCCAAGGAAGGAGUCAAGACUGAGAACAACGAUCAUAUUCAUUUGAAGGUGGCGGGGCAGGAUGGUUCUGUGGUGCAGUUUACAAUUAAGAGGCACACACCACUUAGUAAUCUAAUGAAAGCCUACUGUGAACGACAGGGUUUGUCAAUGAGGCAGAUCAGAUUCCGAUUUGAUGGGCAGCCAAUCAAUGAGACAGACACACCUGCACAGUUGGAAAUGGAGGAUGAAGACACAAUUGAUGUGUUCCAGCAGCAGACAGGAGGUGUCUACUAAAAAGGGAACCUGCUACUUUACUCCAGAACUCUGUUCCUCCAGACCAAGAAGACAUUCUCAAGUAGAAAGCCACAAUUUGGUUCCACCACAUCCUGAGUACUACAGUACAGUUUUCUCUAUUCUUUCAUUUUCCUCUUCCCUGUUCCUUUAUUGUACAUAAAGUAACUGUGUAUGUGCACAAGCAUAUUGCAUUUUUUUAACUAAAUGGCCAAUGGUAUGUUUUGAUCGACAUCAAAUGGAGAUGGGAUGGG